GUAUAUUCUACAGUACACUCUACAGUACACUCUACAGUACACUCUACAGUACACUCUAUAGUAUAUUCUACAGUGCACUCUAUAGUAGACUCUACAGUACACUCUACAGUACACUCUAUAGUAUAUUCUACAGUACACUCUAUAGUACACUCUACAGUACACUCUACAGUACACUCUACAGUACACUCUAUAGUAUAUUCUACAGUGCACUCUAUAGUAGACUCUACAGUAUAUUCUACAGUACACUCUAUAGUAUAUUCUACAGUACACUCUAUAGUAUAUUCUACAGUGCACUCUAUAGUACACUCUACAGUAGACUCUACAGUACACUACAGUACACUCUAGUAUAUUCUACAGUACACUCUACAGUACACUCUACAGUAUUCUACAGUGCACUCUAUAGUACACUCUACA